AUGGGACUUGAAAGGAACUGGUUGACUCUCAAUACCGAUCAGCAAGUAAUCGCAUAUCAGAAGGAUAUUGGUCGAGCGUUAUUAGCUACUGAAACAAAUGAUGAUGAUAUGCUAAGAGUGAUAUUGUCCAAAACAAACAUAUCAUUUGACGCUCGGAUCGACGAAGCUUAUCUGGAAAAGUGGACAUUGCUUGAAUUUGCCCUAAUGCUUGGUCAUCGACAAUGUGCUGAAGUAUUACUGCUAAGUGGAGCCACUAUUGAUAUUGAAUCAUGUCCACUAGAACGUCGUCUGCAACAAAUUGAAGAGAACAUCGAACUUAUUACUGAAGAAAUUCGAUUUUUGAGGGCCACCAACAUUCGAAAUGAAGAUAAACGGGUAAAGUAUCUAGAGAAACGUUUAUUACAAAUGAAAAAAAUGGAAACUGUUUUGGAAAAUACCACUGUUCCUGGAUCACUAACCAAUGUUGAAGUAGUCGUUUCAGCAUCAGAUCAGCUAACAGUGAGUUGGAAAGAUGUUCGCCAACGUAAUAUGGAUCUUGUUAUAAACUACAAAGUUGAAUGGAGCUUGUGCGACGAUUUCAACAGUACUGAAGGAAGCUUGCUUGUGGAUACUAUUAUGAGAAACUAUGCAGUAAUAUCUGAAUUAAAACAUGGGUUACGAUACUCUGUACGCGUUAGUGCUGCAUCUAUUGGAGGAUUUGGCCAUCCGACUUUAGCAACACCUCAAUCGCUAUUGCUUUCAAGUAGUUAA